AUGGCGAACACGACGCUGGUGCUGCUGUGGCUUUUCACCUGGCUGACGGUCGCCCUGAUCGCCACGCGCCUGCUGCUGCGCAAGGUGCGCCGCAAGCCUUUCGUCCUCGGCGACUAUCUGUCCUUCGCCGCCAUUCUCUGUGCGUUAAUCCGCCUGGCCCUAGUCCAUGUCAUCCUCAUCUGGGGCACGAACAACAUGCCGCCGGAGAUGCGCGACUCCCGCCACUUCACGGGCCACGAGAUCCACCAGCCUGACUCGUGUUAUAGUCUCUGGAUCCAGAAGAUUGUCCUGCUGGAUACCUACCGACACUUGAUUCGAAACCUGUCGUGGGAACGACCGACGCUGCUGGCGUACCUGGCGAUCUUCGCAGGGACGUAUAUCACCGUCCAGGUGGUGACUUUCACUGAAUGCGAUCCGUUCGACCACUACUGGCAGGUAUUGCCUGACCCAGGCACCUGCUCCCAGGCUCAACUGCAACUGAUCGUGCUGGGGGUCCUCAAUAUCAUCACGGAUGUCAUGCUGAUUGCACUGCCCAUCCCUGUCCUGGUCAUGGUCAAGCGGUCGUUGGCCGAGAAGCUGCAGCUUGCCGCCCUCUUUGCCAUCGGUCUCUUUAUCGUGAUCAUCACGAUCAUCCGAUUACCGCAGAACGCCGAGCACUCGACGGUGCAGGUCAACCGCACGACCUGGGCGAACGUCGAGCUGUUCGCCGCCUCCAUCGUGUCCAACGCCCCCGUCCUGUACGGCUUCUAUCGCGGCGGGCGCGAGAACUCGCGCUCGAGAGCCACCAACACCGGCACGGGGCCGCACUCGUCGCGCGAUCGGGCUCUGGCCUCGCAGGACCAGCCCUGGGAAAUGCACAAGGUCAACCAUCCGCGACGGACGUCGGCGCUGGGGUCUAAGCUGGCGGCGCGCCCGGCGCAUGUGUAUACGGAAAUCCACGGCGAGAGUAGCGUCAGCGUGGAAGCCCGAAAAUCCUGA